AUGUCGCUCUAUCAUGUUUACGGCCUCCUCCUAGCCGAGGAACUCGUCAAGUGCGCCGACGCCACCACACCGUAUCAAGUAUCGCACAAAGUGGAUGAUGGUCAGUCUCCGAUUGAUCUCAGAAUCUGCAAGAGGAUGGUCACCUUUGACCUGGCCGUGGGCGUCCGAGGCGUCUACAUGCCUGAGGCGUUCGAGUUAUACCAACGACACAACGAGCCCAGUGACAACAGGACAGAAGAAUGGCCGGGUACUAGUCCCCUCAUCUUGCUGUUUCAGGACGAGUUCGCUCUUCAGACUCGUCUGGCCAGUCUGCACGACGCCCUAGGCCUCUGCUAA